ACUUUGGAAUGGACCUCAAAAUACAGGGUGUCUCUGUCCAUUUUCCCUACAAGCCGUAUGGAUGCCAACUUUCUAUGUUGAAUCGAGUAAUAACUGCUCUUAACAACAAACAGGGGUGCUUGAUAGAAUCACCAACUGGGACGGGGAAAACUCUUGCAUUGCUUUGUGCUGCUCUUGGGUGGCUAGAGCACCAAAUGCUGGAGGGGUCCAAAAAGGUUGUGCAGGACGAUGACCUUGAUGAUUUCAUGGAAGGGAACGUACAGAAAUCUCUACCAGUCUGCACAUGCGGCGCUGCUGAUUCUCGACAAAUCGACGAGAAUAUUCGGAUUCCUCACAUAAUCUAUGCGACUAGAACGCACAAACAAAUCUCCCAAGUUAUUCGUGAACUACGCAAAACUAAGUACUCAACCAUCAAUAGGAAUCGUCGUACUGCCGCUCGAUGCAUUCGAGCACUAAAUUUGAACGGACCUUGGGAUCUCGAAGAGUACGUAGAAGCGAUGACCAAAGCACACACCUGUCCGUACUUCUUUGCUUUCAAACUUUUUGAACGUGUUCCCCUCUGUUUUUGUCCCUACAACUACCUCCUUGACCCGGUAUUUAGGGAGACGGUAGAAAGUGAGAUCUCCGGCAGUGUAAUCAUAAUUGAUGAGGCCCACAAUAUUGAGGAUGCAGCGCGAGCGGCCACUUCGGUGACUCUGUUGGAACGGGAGGUGUUGACGGCCUCAGAAGAUCUGAAGCGCUGUUUCCCUCUUCUACAGUCGACUAGUGAUGUCCUGGCCGGGGAUGUGAAGGCUCUGAUCAACCUUCUUAGCGCUAUCCACCAAGUCAUGAUGCUUACACGCCCACGUCUCGUUGCAGCCGGUAGUUUUGCAUCUUCUGCCCAGGUCUGGUCGGACACUGAGAUCAAGGGCCUUCUGUCCACUGUGGGCCUUGGUGUGGAUCGCUUUGAGACCGUACGGAGGAGCUUUAAUCGGCUGAAUAACAUGAUUCAGAAGGAGGCAGCGUUUAAUCGUGAUUCUUCCAGACUGCAAAGCGACUCGAGGUUCCCCAAUUCUGCCACGAUCCGCCUUUUCGCCUACAUCUUCACUAUGCUCAAGUUUUUAUACAGCGAUGACAUGUAUCGCAUCCGGAACUACAGAGCCGUUUUGAUGGAAGUCGUCAAUUUUGAAAGACAACCUCUGGGAGAGGAUCUUGACAGUUCCAACGUCUCAAUAAACCAGUGGGUGAGCAAGGCACGAGGCGCC